GGAUGACGCUGGACAUAGACUGAGUGUGACACUGGUGUCUGUCACAUAAACAAACCCCUUCUUGCACGGCUCUGUGGACCUUUAACAACUAACGUAGGCGGUAUUAGUGUUAUUACACAGCUAAUUUGAAUGCUGACAGAAAUACUUUAGUCAAAAGAAGAUGUCCCCAUUUAUGAAAAGUUCAUUAUAGUAGUUGAGUCUGCUGAGAGUGACCUGAUGUUAUUUGCAUGCUGCAUUUCUAACCCACCAAACCCAUCACUCACCUGCAUGGCCACUCAGUUCUGAUACUUAGCCCAUUCUUUAGAAGUGAGAACUGUUUGCCCUUCCAUGCAUGUUGUGCUGUGAAUGAGGCGUCAUGACUGAAGACAGGGAUAACCCUGUGGCACUGUCAUCUAUGAAACCAUGCCAGGACCUGUUGGGCUGUGGACAAGACCUAGAGAGCCUGCGUGCUGACUGGGAAGUGGCAAAAUCGAGAACACGACAGGCUCAUGAAGCGCUCAGUGCGGAGCUUAGAUGGCUACGAGAACAAGCAGAGAGAGAGCAGCAAAGAGCUGUGAGGGAGCUGACGGCCAGGCGAGGAGACCAAAAGGACAGAAACUAUAACAGACACAGGUAUCUUCUGGCUAAAGAGGUGGACACUGAAAGCAGUAAACGGCACAGUAGCAUUGUCUCCACACGGAAAAAGGCUUUUUGUUUUUGCAGCAGACAGACGUAUACAAAGCUGGAGCACUUACUGCUAACGCUGUAUACAAAGAUAAACAGUGAGCAGGCAGCUUAUAAAUUGCAUCACAGGCAGGAAUUUGAGCUAGAAAAGGCCAUCUUUCUUUGCCACCUGCUAGAAGCUCAUGGAAGACUGUUGCAGGGGGCGCAGAAAGCGGGACCCCUCAGGCAUGUUUUCAAAAGCCUGUCAAGGAAGCCAUCUCAGGAAGACAGCAGUAAAUACUGUCAGACGACCCCCCUCCUAACCCACCACAGGAGCUUGCUACAGAGACCCCAUAGCACCUCCCACUCACCAAAAAGCAAAACCGAACAAGAUCAGUGGAAGCAGCCUUCAAACAGGAACUUAUGUGCAGCUGACCCCUGUGCCACUCCUACAGUCUUGGACACCUGUCAGAACAGAUCUCUGAAUAUUUGCCACUCUCUCAAUAGUCCCCAUGCAGGCUGGGACGACCAGCCGUCGUUCUGCACUGAGUCUUCUGGAUCUGAGGAGUCCUCGCCAUCCAAAUGUAUGAAAAGAAACAUGGAGAGAGUGAUGUACGACUUGUGCACUCGGCCUGAGCAGCCCGAGCCCACGCCGGCAAACAGAGAAAUGGAGAGCCGCGAAGAGGCGAAAGCUUUCGGGGCACAACAGCCGGAGUUGAGGGGGUCGGUGGAGCAACAUGAUAAGCAACAUUGGCUCUCAGACAAGGCACCCCCAACGACAGCUAAUGUCACUACAACAUCACUGUUAGGAAAGAGGCACCACUCACCUUACGCAAACCUCAGUGGCUUAGAAAUGGAAGGGAUACAUAAAAAUGGUACUGACUACGGGUUCCUGGUGCAUCAGAAUUCUGAACUUCUGCGAGCCCUGGAUGAGCUGGAGAAGACUUGUGCCACACUAAGGGAGGAGAAUGGCCUGCUACGGAAGAGCAGUGCCCCAGAGACUGAGGAGAAGGUCAGGCGGCUGAGGAGAAAGAACACAGAGCUGGCUGUUCUUGCAAAGAGGUUGGAAGAGAGGGCUCGGAAACUGCAGGAGGCCAACCUCAAAGUGGUCAAUUCCCCAUCUUUGAUGAGACCUGGGUCAGUUGAACAGUACAAGAGGGCAUUUGCCCGUCAGCGAGCUCGGGACCUGGCCCAGCACGCCGAUGUACUGCUCUCUAAAGACAAGGAAAUUGCUGCCCUGCAGCAGGAAUGCAGAAAGCUGGAGGCUCGGCUGGGUAUCACUAAGGGCUCCCCUAUUCCAUCUGGUAGAGGGGAAUUUGAGAAGCUUCUUAGGGAGUCUCAGAAGGAGGUGCUGCGGCUGCAAAGGCAGCUGUCGGUCACAUCAUCCAGAAAGCAGCAUGACCAUAUUCCUGACCACGAUGCUGCAGAGAAGAGUGGGGAAAAUGUGAAGGACGAAGGGCGAAAGAAGGUUGUAGGAGAGACCCCGUGUGUGGUAUUAGAUGAAGCUCCCUCCAGGUCUGAGAAAACUCCCGGAGAGGAGGAGUCGGGGCUGCGAGUGACGCCCAUACUGGGCCUUAGCCCGCCCCCUCCCGUAAGGAGAAAAACACAGAGGACCAGCGUCUACAGUUUCUGGAAAGUGAGCUGAGCAAGAAAAGAAAAGAAUGUGAAAAUCUUGAGCAUGAAGUAAAGAAGCGACAGAAGAGAUGUCUGGAUUUGGAGAGCCAGCUUGAGGAUGAGCAAGGCAAAAAU